GUUAGCCUGAUCGCCGUGCAUGGUUGGAAGGGCCACCUGCAAGACUCCUGGUCAAGUGCGUCGGGGGUCAAUUGGCUGCGGGACGUGCUCCCUCAAGACACCCCCAAUAUCAAUAUCUACUCAUGGGGAUAUAGUUCCACGGACACAAGCUGUGCCGGCAAAGAACCUCUGAUGCAGGUAAUAUCACAGAAACUAGUUAGUGAUUUGUGGCAACACAGAGAGGGCUCAAAGACCCAUCAACGUCCACUUAUAUUCGUUGCCCAUAGCGCAGGAGGGUCGAUUGUCAAGAGUGUAUAUGGCGAGGCGGGUUUCCAACCACAUUCGCGACAGGCACUGCUCUAUUCCGCCUCCCACCCUGAUGGAAAAUUGCGCGAAGUAAAGAGAUCCACAUGCGGGAUCCUCUACAUGGGUACCCCGGAAAUGGACGCCAGACUUGAGGGCUUGGAGAGCUACUUGGCCAAUAGCGGAGGGGCGCAUGCGGCGGAUGAUGCUUACUUCAAGGAAGCGGCUUGGCUACUCCAUACUUUGCGACAGUACGAAGGAAUCAGCCGUGAUCUUCGGACAGUCUAUGGUCACGAG